AUGACCCAUUACAGUCGCAUCAGACCAUCAGACUUUGAAGAAGAUUACUCAAAGUCAGGUUUUGCUUUUCAGAGAAACAAUAGGAUUUCGGAGAUACUGAAGAGGAAAGGGCUUCGGAGAUACCGAGGAAAGAAUAAUUGGACCUUUCUCUAUCUUCAAGCGCUUUGCGAUUAUCGGUUUGUCACGGUGCCAUGGCGGGCAACCAUCCCCUCCAUUUCAUUCUCGAAUACCCGAGCAUAUCAACCAGAUAUCCUCUCAAUAUUCUCUCAGACACUCGAAACGCGGUACAAAAUAUCCAAGCAAAUGAUCCAAAUUGACUUAUUUGAUAAAGUCAAGAUCUGGGUCUUGUCUAUCUGCUUGAUAUAUCAAUUGGGGUCUGGGUUUUACCUUCCGGGUAAUUACCCGCACAAAUUUGUUGUUGGGGAUUUCUUGUAUGUGAAAAUGAAUUCAUUUACUUCAUUUGUUACUGAAAUUCCCUUUAGCUACUAUAGCUUACCCUUUUGCAUGCCCCAAGAGGGUGUGAAUGACAGUGCCAUGAACCUUCUUGGUGAGCUCCUUAUGGGUGAUAAGAUUAAGAAUUAUCCGUACAGAUUUAAGAUGUACACCAAUGAGACAAAGAUCUUUCUCUGUCAAACCAAGCCAUUGUUGGGUGAUGAAGUUAAGCUUUUGAAGAAGAGGAUUGAUGAGAUGUAUCAGGUUAAUUUGAUUCUUGAUAAUUUACCCGCCACUUGGUAUAUUAGGAGGGAGGGUUUUUCCUUGCGGUGGACAGGUUAUCCUGUGGGAAUUAAGGUUCAAGAUGUGUAUUAUGUGAUUAAUCACUUGAAAUUUACAGUUCUUGUUCAUAAGUAUGAGGAGACCAAUGUGGCUCGUGUGAUUGGUACUGGGGAUAGGGCCGAGGUGAUCCCUACGGUUGGGAAGUCGGGAUCAGAGAAGCCUAAAUACAUGAUUGUUGGGUUUGAGGUGGUCCCUUGUAGUAUCCAACACAAUGCUGAGUCACUGCAGAAUUUGAAAAUGUAUGGUGCAAGUCCGUCUGUGAUCAAGUGUGAUCCCAACACUGUGGCCAUGGCUAUUAAGGAGAAUGAGCCUCUGGCAUUUACAUAUGAGUUUUCGUUUGUGGAGAGUGACAUCAAGUGGCCAUCAAGAUGGGAUGCCUAUUUGAAGAUGGAGGGAGUGAAAGUCCUUUGGUUCUCAAUUCUCAAUUCCCUUAUGGUGAUCACUUUCUUGGCUGGUAUUAUUGUUGUCAUCUUUCUUGAGGACAGUUCGUUAUGA